AUGACGACUUCUUCUCCCCCGCCUAGCAACUCCUCGAACGAGGGAGAAUCUGCUGAACGUCGAGAUUUCGAGUCCCAAAGAAUAUUCUCUUGCAAUUUCUGUAAGAGAGAGUUCUCGACUUCCCAAGCUCUCGGGGGCCACCAGAACGCGCAUAAACAAGAGCGUGCCUUGGCGAAACGGCGGCAAGGGUUGUUGGACACGGUGGCGCCGUACGUGAGCCCGCACUACCACCCUUACUACCACCCCUACUCGGCGUUUUCGUCGCAUUUGCCGUUCUAUAACUCUUUUGGGAAUCGAUCGUUGGGCGUAGUGCCCAAUUACUCGUCUGCUAUUCAUCGGCUGCCGUCUUCCUAUCAUCAUCCCUCGUUUUUGGUGGCGGAGAAUUCGAACUACUCUCGCUUCGGCGGCGAGAAGUGGUCGCCGACACCGAGAUCGCUGCUAACACGGCCGCCGGAGAGUGUUCAAGGAAAUAAUGGCGGCAGCGCUUUUGGGACGACAGGUUUCGUCGCAAAUUCGUUUAAACUGGAGAUCAAUAAGGGUCAACUUGGUUCUGUAAUUAAAGUUGACGAUAAUCAUACUUCUGCAGAUGAUUCAAAAAAUGAAGGUAAAAAUAAUUCUUUAUUGGGAGAUGAUGAGGAUAAGGGACAAGAUCAAGAUCAAAAUCAAGUUGAAGAAGAUGAUUCAGGGAUUGAUUUGAGUUUAAAGCUUUAA